AGGGUCGGAAGCGUGCCGCUGACAAUAUGGUUAAUAUGCUUAUCAAUGGGAACUGCAAAGUAUAAUAAGCAAUUGAGGUUGAAGAAAAAGGAUCGAGACAGAUGGCUAAAGAAGAAUAUGACAGAACGGCCUUUUCUAAACGAAUAAAGAAGAAGAAGAAGAAGAAGAAGAAAAAGGUUCCGGAAGAGAAGAAAGAAGAUGAAGCGAGGGACUUAGACGAAAUUAUCGCAAAGAAAGAUAGCAAUUCCGUAAAGAACAAAUGGAAGCCUGAUCCCUUCAGUGUAGGCAACAUUAGAAAGGUCCCUCUGAUUGUAUUUGGUAGUAGCAUGUUCGGAAAAUCUGCCGUGCCCAUCAAAGGCCACAAAACUGGUGCCGUUGGGGUUCUAUGGGGUGUUUUGAAGCGAAGAGAGGCUGUUGGUGAUUGCUCGUAUUAACCAUUGAUGAAUAUUUAACUUCUCUAAUAUGCAACAAUUGCCGUUCCAACACUGUUGAGGCAUUGAAAACUGUUCCAGGCCAAAGUAUCCUUGCCUGCAAAACCUGUUCGAUACUUUGGAACCGGGACGUGAACGCUGCUAAAAACAAUUCAAAACCUACAUAAAUAUUUAGACGCAAUCGAUUCAUUUACAAA